AUGGCUUCUGCUUCAUUGAGGCUGGUCCUUCUCUUGGUCUCAGUCUUCCCCCUGCUGGAAUACUCCAUUGCUCAAGGUAAGCAGUUGAGACAAAAGGUAGAACAAUGAACAAUGAUACACUGAGGAUUCUGGAUGCCCCUCACCUUCGGUCCUCCCCCCCUCAAGUUAAUCCACGCGACAGAAGUUAAGAUGGUGAUCAUUAGAACAGUAUAACGUUUGUCUGUAUUUACGUUUGUUCAUAUUCAUUCCCAGCUGUGUCAAACCAUCGGAAUUAAAACCUGUUAGAAUUAAAAGGUUGUGAGAACUAAUGAAGCUUCAUUCAGUCGUCCUUUCACAAGUUUUAUUAUCCUUUUGAACAAAACUGAACGAGGGGAGGAGCUAGCCAAUUAGAUGAUAUCAUAUUUUUUUAUAAGCAGUUGUUGCAAUACUAAGGGAACUGCUUAGCAUGAUCGGUGGGUUUGAAUGCUAACCUGGUAUCGCUCAAAAUCUUACAGAGUUUUUUGAAGAUGUGGGAGAUCUGGAGCAGUUCAGUCCAUUACUGGGGGAAAAUAUUAUUGAUUAUCCCAUGCUAGAGGAAUACGGGAUCCCCACUGUGGAAGAAUUCCCCUCUGACGAUCUGGAUGAUGACGAUGAUGAUGGUGCUAAUGAAGAAGACAAUGAUUCUCACGAAACUCAAGGAGAGAAGAAAAGUGAAAAACAUCAAGGUCAGAGAAGUCAUCGUCAUAUUUGUGUCAGUGAUAAAGGAGAGUCUCAGUUUUUAAUCGGAGGAAAAUUCCUGACUUAUUUAAAGAUAAAUGACUGUCCUUUUUCUAGGUCAGGGUAAAUGUGUAAAGAUUGCUUUGGAGAGGGAGCUCCUGAUUCUUUGAGCGAAAACGUUUCAUGUCACGUUUAUUUGCAAAUACGUUUUGAGUAUCCUUCUCAAAAUCUCAACAUCUAGGAUUGUUAGGUGUUCAAUGCUGGAUUUUGGAAAAAUUAUUUAAGCGUGUGGUUAGUUUUCCACUUAUGAAAGAAAAAUGAUAUUUUCUAACAACACAAUUAGAAUUUAAUGCUAUUACUUUUUCUUGUAUCAAUUUACUUCUGACUAUUUCUUAGUCCGCUAACGUUUCGCAACUAAUCUAGACUGAUCUUGUAACCUUUCUGCCAGGUCGACAUUCUCCUGCAUUGAUAAUUAUUCAAAUUAAUUAGCUAUAGCGAAUGUUUCCACAUCUGACUUACUCUCUUUUCAUUCUCUAUUUUUUUUUUAUGUAACAGAUAAAGUAAAGUGAUAUUUUCAUAACUGUAACUUUGUACAACUAACAUUGUUCACCUUCACAACGGUUGGAAUGCAAAAUAGGUCACUUAACGUACCCCUUGCUCUUCAUCUCUUUUGCAGAUAACGAGCAUGUACCAAAGACAUCCCCUAGUAUGAAAUCCACAACCGACGCACGCCAAAAGCGGCAGCUCCCUCUUCAAGGUAUCAUUAAAAAGAAGGAAUGAUUAUUAACAUUGACAUGUUUAUAAAUGAUAUACUACUGACGUAAACAUCUUUUUUUAAAUAUCCCUAGAUGAUCCUGUGGUAGUUGCAAGAGAGAAGUUACAGCGCGCUAUAAAAGCAGCUAAAGCACUCAGUAACAUAGAAAACGAGCUUGGAUUAAGUCCUAAGACGAUUGAAGAUAAAACCAAGAAUUUAGAGAAUCAACUCAAGGAUGAAGAGAAAAACUUCAAGAAACUCGCCGAUCAAACUGAGGACAGUCAAAAGAAACAGAAAUUCGUGAAGCUUGAAAAAGUCGCUGACGAGGACGUCAACCAAGCAGAAAGUAUUUUGAAACUGAUAGUGAAGUUAGAGGCAGCAAAGUAUUUGGCGAAAGAAAGAGCUCACGAAGACCUCGUCAGAGCUCAAAAGGAUAAAAUUGCGUCCACGCCCCAAAUGUAUCUUGGAUCGCCGCUUUCGUAUCCACCGGAAGCUGCCGGUUAUUUUGGGGGAGUUUCACAGCCUGCUUAUCAACCUGUCAUGCCGUCAUACACGGGCAGUUAUCAACCUCAGAUGUUUCAAGCAGUAGCCCCUCCAAGUAUGGCUCCGGCUCUUACGAGCGAGCCACCGCCUCCUAGUUUACCUGCUCAUGCUAAUGUGGGGCCUUUGCCUCAGCCAAACCAUCAAGAUGACACGGAAUUACAACGAAUAAACUCAAGUAAGCAGUAAAUGGAGAACCAUAAUUUUCAUAAAGCAAAGGUGUUAUCAAAGAGGGUUAGAUUACCACAUUUAAAAGGGAAAAUAAGGAAAUUCACGUCUUUUAGCUAGCACCCGAUCAUCGUCAAAGCUAUGGCACUUGUAUUUAAAAUCGUGCUAGUGCCAAAAGUCAACCAGGAUUUGGUUCGUAUCCUAAGGGUUAGCAUUAAGCGUGGUUAAAUUUUCUUUUAUGAGAAUAAUUUCCUAAGGAAAUGAUUUCCUUUUUUACAGUCAAAGAGACAAGCGUAUCAGCCUUUUCACCUCAAAGCGAUAAUCAACUUAGCGAACAAUCUGUGCAGCCAGAGGGUGGUCAGGUAGCGAGCUUCUCGAACGAGGCAACUGACACUAAAAUCAACCCAGCAGAUAUUGAUUUCAGUGAUAUGGCAAGUUCAUCAGUGAUAAAGAAGCCUCAUGAAACACAGACGACUGGAAGUACUCCCAAGACUCCAUCUAACGAUAAUGGUUCGAGUGGUAGUGAAGUGAAUGAACCGCAGAAAGAUGUUUCAGCACCUAAGCCACUGCCUAAGCAACAGCCUGUUAAAUUGGUUACACCUCCUCAGCCAGUUGCACCAUCUCGAACACCCAAACCACCUCCGCCAGCCGUGCCAGCUGCACCAGUCGUGCCUGCUCUACCAGCCGUGCCAGCUGCACUAGCCGUGCCAGCUCAACCAGCCGCACCAGCUCAACCAGCCGUACCAGCUCAGCCCAUUAAGCCUUUCCUACCAGCUGCACCUGUUCAGCCAGUUGCAAUGCCAGUGCAGACGAUUGAAUCAGCUAUUGGACAACAAAACGGUUUCUUGACACAGUCAGCACCUCAAGCUGCAUCGUUCAACCCUGGUGCCCUGUCUGCAAAAUUAGCUUCAAUGUCAAGAUACUUUGAUUCCCCGUCCAGUGUUCCAAACUCGUUUGCAACGCAGCCAUAUCAUCAACCGCUUGCUAGCGUCCAGGUGCCACAACAGACUUCUGCUCCGCACGUACAGCCGAAGAAACCUCAAGCUGAGGCUCCUGAACCUGCGAAGCCGGAAGUAACACCAUAUGCCGCUCUUAAUGUGAGUCAUGUAUGUGUGACUGUGUAAGCCUAAAGUCAAAAUGGUGGAUAUUAGCCAAGUUUUAUACUCAAUUAAGAAGGGGGUCGAAGUAUAUAAGAACUGGAAAAAAAAACACAGGCUGAUAUACAGCCAUCCUGAAAGAUCAAGAUCAAAGAAUAUAUUGUUUCACAAGAAAAAUUUACGAAACUCGUCGCGGUUUUCUUCUGCUGUGGAGACGUGUUCUAAGAUUCAUUAGCGGUAAACUGUUGUUUAACUUUUUCAUUGUCACAGGGAAAGCUUUACAGUGGUUAUAAAGAUAGUAAAGUGGCUACAUGCCCUAGGCUCCAUAGCCGUAAUUAUACAGCUAAACUACUCGGGUGCUCAUCUACCCUAAAGAGAUAACAUUUUGAAUAUUUUCUAGUAUCACAACCAUAAACAUUUUAAAUAUUUGAUUUACACUAAACAGGACCAACCUCAGGUCACGACACAACCAAGUCCAGUAAGCUUUCAACCCUCAGGUUCAGCGGCUUAUUCCGGCGAGCAGGCGCUCUCAGGGGCUUAUCCCUCCAGUUCGUUUUAUCCGUGGAAUACCCAACCUCUCCCGUCCAGUAACCCGCAGUACUCUUGGAAUUCCCCGAUGUAUUAUCCUCCAGUUGCACCUUAUCAAGCUCCAGGUAAACACAAAUUUAUUUCAAUUGAUGAUUAGAUGUCGAGCGUGCUUAUACCUUUAAUAGAGUGCCUAUCAGAACAAUUAUUGAUUUUAUAAAUCUUUUAAAGCCUCUAACAUAGAGCUAUCUUACAAGCUACCAGCUUGGUAAAUCAGUGAGUAAGGUUUCCAAGAUCAAAAUUUGUUAAAAGUAAAUGACAAGUCUCUUUUUAUGUCAUAUACUGAAGUCAAUCAUUUGUCGCGCAUCUUAUACCAUACUCAUCGAAUAUUGAAAAUGAAAAAAAAAGAUGAAACACUUUUAGUGAAGCGAAACAUUUUGUUUUUACUUCUUCAAGAGCCCUGCACACGAGAAAUAAAAACUAACUUAAAUAGUUUUCCUGAGGUAUGGUGGAUUUAGCUCUCUGUCUAGCGGUUACACAAAUAUAGCCAACGUUAACCAAGAGGAAAAAUGAAAUAUUAGUUUAAUUAAAAUUUUUUCAUUUUCAGUCAAUCCUUUGAUCGCAGAAGCUUACAGAAAGCUUCAUGACACCGAAAGAGCCAGUCUAGCUAUGUCCAAGAUUGAGGAGGCCAUAGGGCUAUCACCAACUUCCGUGCGGCACAUCGUCGAUGAUAUUGAGAAACAAGCUAAAAUGGAGACUACACAAUACGAAGACGACAUGAAGAACGAGAAAGCUGAAAUUACAAAAGAGAAACAACUGCUUCAAAAGGAUAAAAUGGCAGAUGACCCUCAAGUAAAGAAGAAAAUCCAAGAUGAUGAAGAGAAGAUUCGAAAGGACAUCAGAAAAGAAAACAUUGCAAAACUUGAAGUGGAUAAAAUAAAGAAAAUUGAGAAAAUUUUGACCAUCAUCGAGGCCGCAAAGUACUCUGCAAUGCAGCGUGCCAAGAAUCGUAUUAACAAUCUCAAAACGGACGACGGCAUCAGUGAUGGGGAGGACAUUAGAAAGCGUGACCUGCAAGAUCUUGAAAAUGACAUCAAGCGACGAAGGAGGAAUGAGAUAAAUAUUUGGCUCAAAGGUUCAAGAAAUCGAAUCGACACGAGUCAUUUCCUAAGAAAUCGAAUUAGUGGCUUAAAGAAAAAUCGGGAAGAGAGGUCCCGGUGGAGUUCAGACAAUAAACAAGAUCAUCUUUCCGAAAUUUCGGAAAAAGACAAGCUGACAAGGGAAGGGUCGACGGAAGGAAGGUUGCACAAGUUGAAGUUUUUCAAUACGCUGUCAUCGAACAAGAAAUUAGAUGCUGGACAACAGUUCACUGUAGGAAAAAGGACUGAUGUCCCUGACCAACCAGACAAUUCACCAAACGCUCUUGUUAUGGCCAAAAUGCUGAACAAAAUGGACAAGUUAUUUGAUAUUCAGCGGGAAAUUUUAAAGUAUCUCAAGGCAGAGCAUACUAUACACGCAUUGAGAAAGAAGCCACACGUGAAAAGAUGGAGGCGAAGUUUACACAAGUCAAAGAACCAUAAGAAGACUCUAAAACACACAGAUAAAAAGAGAAGUGUAAAUUAAAAGAAAGCCGGAUUCCUAGCUAAGUAGAAUAAAUUCUUUGCUGAUUUGGUAAUACGCGCUUACCUCCUGAACUUUGCCUGGCAACGUAAAUCAGCGACUAAGCAGUACUGUCUGGCGGAAAGAGUACUUAUUUCCAUGGAAACAUUAGUGACACCUUUAAAAAUUUAUAUGUGAAGGUUUUAUUAGCCAUGUAAAAUAAUGACCUCUGCAGAGACUUCUCAAAGUUAAACUAAGGUAUCUUUUAGGGGCAAACCGCUUAAAUAUGUAUGGUAAGAAUGAAAGUUUGCUCGGUCUUUCCGUGUUGAUAUUAAUGCCGAAAUGGAGGAGAAAAAGGCUAUAACUUAUCACUAAUAGGGGCGGUUGUAAAUUGCAGUAAAUUUUUUUCUAGCGUGGACAAUUUAGAUUUUAACUGACAUAGAUCCUAACAUUUUGCGAGAACUGUAAAUAUCUUUUGUGGUUUUCCAUUUUUCCUCCUAGGAUUAAAAGCCAGGUAUCACAAAAUAGCGUAUAACUAACUUCUUGGUAGUGUAGUUAUACCAAAUUAAGGGCUACAUGAAUUCAGACCUUUCUAUUGCCUAACGUUCACUGGUUCUGUAUAAACUGUGAAUGAAUCUUUAAGUUGGUUAAGACUAAAACGCCAGAAUUAAAAAGGGUUGGGUGAAUGAAAGGAAAAUUGGGGAAACUUAGGUAUUGAAAAAUGUAAAUAAGGAAUAUUUUGAUACGUAUAUUUAAUAAAUACAUAAUGUACCAAUCAUUUUCUUUCGGUCUGUCUCGAGUUAGCACAUGUUUAAAUUUGAAGCUGCACUCAGUGAUUUGCAACAGAAACAGUAUUAAAAACAGAAGGAAUAUCCUUCCUUAAACGUUCUCCACUUCUAUAGAGAUUACAAACUUUCGUUCGCGCGUUUGCUUGUUUAGGUCAUUAAUCGAAGCUAUAGCCGACUCAGUACAAUCUAUCAAUCACAAGCAGCAAAGCCGUUUAAGAAAACUUUUAGUUUGUUUCUGUCAAACAGGACCCGUGUAAGCUGUUCAAAACAUUGCGAACAAUUUUUUUGGCUAACAUGAUUCCAAUACAUUAUAUGGUUAAUAUGGUUACAGCCGAAUUUGUCGCACUUUUAAACCACUAUGAGAUGUUUUUCAGUAACCAUAAUGUUAUUUUUUACCAGGUUCAGGACCAAGGCACACCCUUUUUUUUUUAUCUAUGGUCAACAGUUUCUCAGUACGGUACGUUAACAAAUUAAGGUGCAUCUUGUGCUUUUCUUACUACUAAAUACUUCAGAGCUGUCAGCGGAGUCUUGAAGUGACGUUAUAUUGCUCUCCUCUAAAGAAUGGAGGUUCUGCCCUGUCCUGGCGACGUCUGUAUAUGCGGGGCUCGAGAUGUCAUCGUAUCCUUGGCGAUCCUUUCCAUUCCCGCGUUCAAACGCUACCGCUACAACAGUUUUGCGCGGCGUUGGUACGCAAAACAUAUGGGACCCGCUAGAUGGAAAGAAAACACCCAGUUCGGCUUUUGCGCUCAGACGUUAGGAACUUUGUCAGCCGUGAAAUCAACUUCAAAAUUUGAGUCUUUUCGCAUCGAUGCGCCCAAUCAAGCGUAUGACAACUUAAGAAUGUGUUACCCGUUGAUUUCUAUCAUUAACAGGUUUUUCAUUCUUAGGGCCACGUAGUUUGAAUUUUCUUAAAAAAAUAACAAUUUCCUCUGACAUAUUUACCUAGGGCGUCAUCCUGCAUGGAUAUUCCUAUUGCGAAGAGGUAGAAACAAAAUAUUUUAUCCCUUUAGUAAGAUAUGAAGAAUGUUUUGGACUGUUCCUCCUCUCAACGUGGUACCAGCAACCCAAUUAAGAAUCUUAAAGAGGUCUGACUCAAAAAUUGAAGUGUUUGAGUGGUUACUUUAAAGGAACCAACUCGAGAAAAAAGAGCUUUUGUGAGACAUGUCUGUGUGGAUUUGUUUCAUUCUGAAUAAUUAAGCUGUGAAACACAGCUUCAGUAAUUCGUUGCAACUGUGGAGUCGUUGACUUGUUGUAAGAUCGGUAAUACUGGUAUUAGAAACAUGGCUCACGAUGUGUGGUUGCUAAGAGGAUUUGUAGUGGUUUGUUUUUUCCUGUGUGUUUUAAGAGGUUGGUAAACGUUUUGAUUUGCCAGUUUUAAUUUAGAUAUCGCAGCAUUUAAAAACUGCCAUCAUGUAUGUUCACAACCAUAUCGUAUUGGCUUUGAGCAGGAGACGAUCAGGCUAUGAGACUACGAAUGCCAUGGAAGACUUAUUCCUAAGAUAGUUAAACUUAUACCAUUCACAUGUCAAUAGACGUCAGCGGGAUCAAAUCUAAGACAUCUUGGCGCACGAAUUUAGUUGGACAUUUCAUACCGCGUACUUUCGUUCUUUGACAAAACACUGCAGUAACAGGGAAAGUAAAUGUAACAUUAUUUCAGGAUUUCAGGUAGUCAGAUAACUCGAGUGCAACGAUAACUGGAAAAUGAUCACCCUAAGGCGUCGGUAAGGUUGUUUCAUUAGUUUGGCUUCAUUUCUUGUCUCGAGAGUCUGGUAGAUUAACAGGUUCAGUACGGCUUCAUAUGGAUAGAAAACGAUUGAAGCACUGACGUUUGUCAUGGCUGAUACGCACGAGUUAGUAACUGUGAUGUGUAAGAUACAGCCAAGCGCUUGAUUGAUAUCUCUAGACAUAAAUUCAAACGUCGUGUAACCAGCGUAGCAGAGAAGAUCUGCCAUUUAAGAUAAUUGCUUUUUCAAAUAUAAAUUAUUCCAAUUGAUAUCAUAGCUAUACUACCCUCUGCGAUCUUCUUACUUUUCAUCCAUCCAUUUCACUGGAAUCUUACCUAUGUACCUGGAAAUAUAUUUUUCUGAAUAUAUCUCCAAAUCUAAGAUUUGAUUCUUCACCAUUUAGGCGUGGAAACUUUUCCUGUCAAGACUAAUCUUCACCACGUUUGGCCCGAGGUAAAACAUGAAGGCAACUUAACACACGAGGAAUCAACGGCAGUCCAUCCGCACGGGGAAUCGCGGAAUAAGUGGUUGACUGGUGGCCAUGUAACACUUCAGACUAAGCGAGGUGAUAAGGGAAGAACUGGAAAGACAAGAACGAUUAGAUCCCGGAUUCAGAUACUGGAUAAGUAUUAUGUCAAUCCUGAUAAAGUGAAGAUAAAAGUUACCAAGGAAAGCUCUUUAAAGGGCGAUAAUGAACAGUCAGCUUUAUUAUUAAAAGACCCAGAACUAACUACACAUAGUAACAAGUUUAAGGAUAGUGCCCUCAGAGAGGUGCCAUUUUACGCUGACAUGAACUCCGUAAAUUCAGUGGAAGGUUCCGCGAUUGUCAAUAUUGCUUCGCUACUCGAGAAGUCAAGGAAAUCUCAGGCUGUUAAGAGGAACAACGUAGGCAGAAUACCUGCAAGCUCUCGAUAUCAUCCCCUUAGGCAAGAAAGCACUGAACACCCGGGCUGGAUGUCCAUGACGCCGUCUCGCUUCAGAUAUUUGAACUCGCUUAUUAAACCACAAAUGGGAGAAAUAUCUGACGAUUUGAAUGAUUUAGAGGCUCUACGUAAUCAUGCCAAGGACGUUAAGGCAAGAGCGUGGAGUAGUGGUUUGAAAUCUUUCCGGCAAAAGCUUUAUGGUCAAUUAUGGGACGAAAGGUCUGAAACAGUAAAAAACGCUAAAAAACGUGCAAAAAGUGCCUCCUAUACAAUGAAAGGGCAAAGUGAUGAAGGAGCAUCCAACACAGAAACGGAGAACGCUGCGGGAUAUCGCUCCAGCGACCUGUUUUUAUUAGGGAAUCCAGAUGAUAGACACUAUUUUCAAAGUGCGUUUAUGGAAAAUCCUAUGGCGAUCAAUCUUAUAACAGCUGGUUCAGCACAAGAUGAGCCUUUUCAAAACAAAGGUUCAAUUGUACGACCGACGACUCCCUGGAAGAUGAAUGGAGCAACUGUGCCUUUAAGAGAAGAGGAAAUACUGGGAAAGUUUCAAGGAGAGAGUGAAACAACUGAGACUGCAUCGUUGUCUUCAGGAGACGAUUCUUAUUCAGGCGAGAACAGUGAUGAUCUAAGUAGGAAGUUAAAGACAGCUUUAGGACUUGCCAUCCAAACUGGCAUAAGGAUAAAGAACACAACGUCUCAUGCCUUACCUCAACCUUACAGAGAAAAAGCUUUAUCUCAUAUUGAGGAAGAAAGUGAUGACAUGUAUAAUGGAACCAAAGGAAAUGGGAGCAUAGAAGACAAAAAAGUGAAUCCUUUACAACAUUUCAGACCCACAAAGAAGAGACAUUUUACAAAACCAACCUCUUUGAUUACCAACAGAAGGACAACAAUUCCAUUUCCAAAAUUGGGUCUGGCUCAUGACACGUCUGCUCAUGGCAGCGGAGGAGAGUCAGGUAGUGGUGAUCAUUUUGUGUCAGCACAUGAACACCAUCAAAAACAAGUUCAUCCACAUAGGAUAACCAAAGUUUUCCUAUCGACAAAGACGAAGCAACAUACAGGUAAUCUCUUCGAGCUAAAACGUGCAGGGAAGAUAACCAUAUUUUAAAAAUUACUAUUGCAUUCACAACUUAAUCAACCAUUUACCAUGCUUUUCUUUGAUUAGGUAUUUUUGGAGCUGAAGACAAGGCAACAAUAACGAAAUGCGAAAAAAUGGGAAAAACUGGUAACAUAAUAUCAAAUUAGGUUUUAUUUAGUCUCCUUUGUUUAAACAAACGUGUUCCUAUAGAGAGCUGUCGCAUGGUGGCAGCGCAAUAUAAAUUUCGUAGAACUUGAAUUUCCCAAUAAUAAAAUCAGUUACAUCAGAGGAAGUAAGGAACUCAGCAAUCAUACAUUUACAUAUUGUAAUCAAAAAGUUUUUUCCCUUUUUUGUAUUAAUUCGUAUAACAUAUCAACAUUAAUCAGCGUCACGACUGAUGUCAGAUGAGUAGAUAUAUUGCCCCUCGGGAAAGCGGAGUGUGUGUUUUUGAGUUAGUUAAGAAUUUUUCUGCAGUUAGUAUCGAUUAAGCGCUGUUUACCAUCACAGCGGUUUAUUCCUUUUGGUUAUGAAAUGGACGGAAUUCAGUGGUGACCUUUUUCCAAUUUUUUGCACAGAUUACAGAGAGAAGUGUCCUCAUGGAUGGCUUGCAUUCGACGAAUUCUGCUAUUUGUUUGUCUCAAAAUCAAAUGGGAGAUGGGAAGAGUUUCCGCAAAAGUGCAAUAAAGAAAAUGGUCUUCUUGCGAUGCCGAAAACAGACGGAGAAGUACAAUUUUUACAAAAUAAAAUUGUGUCGUUAAAACAUCGCACAAAAAAUUUCUAUAUAGGACUGCGAAAGAAGGGAGGAAUCUGGACAUGGAUUGAUGAUGUACCCUACACACGUGACGUUGACGUAAAAGAUGAGCUGGGGAACAAAAAUUGCGCGGCUCUAUUUGAAGGUUCCAUUAACAUGGUUUCGUGCAGAGAGCCGAAGGCUGGUUACAUAUGCGAAAUAAGGAAAGGUAAUCACAUGGGUUUCAGCUCUUUAUCCUUCUGUGACAACAAUAAUUCUGAUAAAUUCUAAUAGAUUAAGUGUCAAAGAAAUUGGCGACGAGGUCACAUUUAUUGCCCUUGGGUUCUUGGUGAAUCCUUGUUUUAUCAUUAUUCGUUAUGAUUGGCUGUUUGUGAUGCUUCUAGGAUUGCUCUAACGAAACAAUCAAAAAACAUUUUUUAAUGUAAAGGUUAGGCCUCGGUCGAUCAGAAUUUACUUCGUUGUGAACAAUAUUGAUUCAGGUUUAAUGUUGCAUAAUGUUACAAAAAGAUAGACAACGAUUCAGAGUUAGGGGAGAGGGUGGGGGGAAUGGAGACUUUCCUGGUGGAGUUCACUCGAGUCAACAUUAGCUAUGUUCAUUACAGGAGUGCGGGUAUUGCCUAUUCUUGCGUUUGGCGACAGCCUGACAAACGGUUUCCAUGCUGAUGAUUUAAGUCACACGCCGUACGGCAACACUCUGGAGUUUCUGCUGAACAAAGACCAACACAGAUGUUACACUGUGACUACAGUAGCUAAAGACGGUACUGAAGCGGCAGAAAUGUCUUCCAGGCUUCAAGAUCAUCUAAAACGCGGUACAGAAUUAUUAAAAAAUGAUCAUCAUUGUGUUAACGUUUAUUAUAUUAACACCCAUAAUAAUACGCAAAGUACAUGUCACUUGGACUGACUUGACUGCUUUAUUAAGCCAAUAUAAAUGUUUUGUUAUGCGUUUAUGGAGGUCUGCGGACACCUUAUCAUGGUAUUCUAGAUCAUUUUUACUGGGAGUGAAAUGGCACGGCGUAUAUUUUGACAACUACUAUUAAUAUCAGUCACAUCCUGGUCAAACUGACGAAACGACAAUUCUUGCGUGGAAGAUGUCUACACUGAGAGAAAUGUUUCGCUUCUGGAAACAACAACAGCAGUGAAGGUUCUUUUUUACCUCAUACGAUGAACAUCCUUCAUCCUAACCCCCUUCAUCCGUAUUGUAAUGCGGCCUUAUUGGUUGUUCUUGUUUAGCUACCAUUCAAUUCACCCCACUUGUUUUAAAAGUAAAGGGUGUACGUUCUAAUCCAAUUAUUUUCAACGGUUUUUUCCCUAACAGCUAAAUCCAAAUAUUCCUGGAUCAUAAUACUAGCUGGCACAAACGAUAUCGCUCACAACAGCCACGAUCGGAACAGAAGAGCCUGGGACAAAGCGGCAGAACGCAUCAUAAACCUUCACAUCACAUCUCAUCGCUAUGGCGCGAAAACGGUGGCGGUCACCAUCCCUGAGAUGGACUGCGAGGAAUCCAAGAGACCACCUUGCCUUCACACACAUUUGGAAAGGAGAUACAUCAAUGAAAAAUUGAGAUAUUACGCAAGAUCCAACGAAUUUACCAUCCUUUGUGAUCUUGCGGAUAAAUUUCCACGAUACUCGUUAAGUAGCGAGGAACGAAAACAAAUGUGGGAGGUGGGAUUGCAUAUGAAGUCUGCUGGGUAUGAACGAAUGGCUGAGAUCAUUUAUAAAGACCUGUUAGCCCAUGUUUGACAUCAGCUCAGUAGAGCUACGGUGUUGCAUGUUGCUUUAAAGAAACUAAAACGCAAGGGGUUCCAUGUAAGAUUUUACUUGGUUAGCUUCUAAAUCUUUGUUUCUGGUAGGAAGCUGUAGCUCUUCUGACAUUGUUCAACUCUGAACCAUAUCAAAGAAGGAACAUGUACAACGAUGCUUGCAAUUUUUGUGUCUAAAGCCAGUUCAGAUAGUGCUACUGGUUCUCAUACGCAGACAGUAUCCAGUGAGGCAUUGGAUUAUUAUGAAAGUUAGUAAUAAUGCAUAAAUUCCUAUUGAUUAUUUCAUAGCGUAAAUGUUAUGCCCUUUCCAGCUAAAUUAACAGGGAAAUAAAGAAGAACUGAAACGAUGAGUACAUCUUUGUAAAGGAAGCCCGCAGCUAUACCUAUCAUUUGAAUAAAAUGUUCGUUUAUCAAAAAAUGUUGUAAUUUUUAAAUGCGAAAAGGCGUUUGUAAGUCAGCUAUGUUCAAUUAUUUUAAUCGAAUG